AUGUACCAAAAAGAUCAAGACCAAGAUUUUGAGAGUCUUGGUCUUGAUCUUCUUUUGAACAUCAGUAUUCCUGGUGUAUAUCUGUUUCUUGGGGAAUGUGUCAGGAAAUCGUCGGUUACUGGUUGCGAGGGUUACAAAAGAUGCGAAUUUAAAGGAAAACGCCUUUCAGCAAAAUGGAGUUGUAAGAAAAAUAACGUUUUAUGCAAUUGUAAAUGCCGCGAUAGUUCGUCUUGUCUGAACAAACUGUUAAUCUGUAUCGUACAUGUUAUUAAAAAAGACGUCCUAAGAUAA